CCCUUCGCUAUUCGGUUUGGCGUUCGACAAGGCCGUGUCCUGUCGCCCAUCCUCUUUAACUACGCCAUUGACUCGGUUCUCGGGAAGGCCAUACAGGAAAAUGAUGGUUUUGAGCUUGCAUCCGGGCGCCGUUUGACUGACCUCGACUAUGCGGAUGAUAUCGCUUUACUAGAUUCAAGCUUUGGCGAUCUGCAGUCUAUGGUGUCACCAAUGAAUGAGGUCGCAAAAUCGGUCAGUUGGUCCAUAAACACUGGGAAGACCAAGAGAAGGCACCUCUCGAGAUUAGUGGCUGUCAACUUGAAGAAGUAG